AUGGCGAGCCCUCCGGAGACCGACGGCUUCUCGGACGUGCGCAAGGUGGGCUACCUGCGCAAACCCAAGAGCAUGCACAAGCGCUUCUUCGUGCUGCGGGCGGCCAGCGAGGCGGGGGGACCGGCGCGCCUCGAGUACUACGAGAACGAGAAGAAGUGGCGGCACAAGUCGAGCGCCCCCAAACGCUCGAUCCCCCUGGAGAGCUGCUUCAACAUCAACAAGCGGGCGGACUCCAAGAACAAGCACCUGGUGGCUCUCUACACCCGCGACGAGCACUUUGCCAUCGCGGCCGAUAGCGAGGCCGAGCAGGACAGCUGGUACCAGGCUCUUCUGCAGCUGCACAACCGUGCCAAGGGGCACCACGAUGGGGCCGUGGCGCCCGGGCUGGGCGGUGGUGGCGGCAGCUGCAGCGGCAGCGCCUGCCUGGGCGAGGCGGGCGAGGACUUGAGCUACGGAGACGUGCCCCCCGGCCCAGCCUUCAAGGAGGUCUGGCAGGUGAUCCUGAAGCCCAAGGGCCUGGGCCAGACAAAGAACUUGAUUGGCAUCUACCGCCUCUGCCUGACCAGCAAGACCAUCAGCUUCGUGAAACUCAACUCAGAGGCGGCGGCGGUGGUGCUGCAGCUGAUGAACAUCCGGCGUUGCGGUCACUCGGAGAACUUCUUCUUCAUCGAGGUGGGCCGCUCGGCCGUCACGGGACCCGGGGAGUUCUGGAUGCAGGUGGAUGACUCCGUGGUGGCGCAGAACAUGCACGAAACCAUCCUGGAGGCCAUGCGCGCCAUGAGUGACGAGUUCCGCCCGCGAAGCAAGAGCCAGUCCUCCUCCAACUGCUCCAACCCCAUCAGUGUCCCCAUGCGCCGCCACCACCUCAACAACCCCCCGCCCAGCCAGGUGGGGCUGACACGCCGUUCACGCACGGAGAGCAUCACCGCCACGUCCCCAGCCAGCAUGGUGGGUGGCAAGCCUGGCUCCUUCCGGGUCCGCGCCUCCAGCGACGGGGAGGGCACCAUGUCGCGCCCGGCCUCGGUGGACGGCAGCCCCGUGAGCCCCAGCACCAACCGGACGCACGCACACCGGCACCGGGGCAGCUCACGGCUGCACCCCCCGCUCAACCACAGUCGCUCCAUCCCCAUGCCCACGUCCCGCUGCUCGCCCUCGGCCACCAGCCCCGUCAGCCUGUCAUCCAGCAGCACCAGUGGCCACGGUUCCACCUCGGAUUGCCUGUUCCCACGCCGGUCCAGUGCGUCUGUGUCCGGCUCCCCCAGUGACGGAGGCUUCAUCUCCUCGGAUGAGUAUGGCUCCAGUCCCUGUGAUUUCCGGAGCUCCUACCGCAGCGUCACCCCAGAUUCCCUGGGCCACACCCCACCGGCCCGGGGCGAGGAGGACUUGAGCAACUACAUCUGCAUGGGUGGCAAGGGGGCCUCCACGCUGACCGCCCCCAAUGGGCACUACGUCUUGGCUCGGGGUGGCAAUGGCCACCGGUGCCUGCCUGGUGCCAGCCUGGGCACCAGCCCGGCGCUGAGUGCUGAGGAGGCCGCCGGUGCUGCAGACCUGGAGAAUCGCUUCCGAAAGAGGACGCACUCCGCGGGCACGUCUCCCACCAUCUCCCACCAGAAGACCCCGUCGCAGUCCUCCGUGGCGUCCAUUGAGGAGUACACGGAGAUGAUGCCCGCCUACCCUCCAGGAGGGGGCGGUGGAGGCCGCCUGCCGGGCUACCGGCACUCGGCCUUCGUGCCCACGCACUCCUACCCAGAGGGAGCGCUGGAGAUGCACCCGCUGGAGCGCCGUGGGGGCCACUCCCGCCCAGACAGCGCCACGCUACAGGCCGAAGAGGGCUACAUGCCCAUGUCCCCAGGAGUGGCCCCCACGCCCAGCACCCGAAAGGGCAGCGGGGACUAUAUGCCCAUGAGUCCCAAGAGUGUGUCCGCGCCCCAGCAGAUCAUCAACCCCAUCAGGCGCCAUCAUCCCCAGCGGAUGGACCCCAAUGGGUACAUGAUGAUGUCCCCGAGCGGGAGCUGCUCCCCGGACACCGGAGGCGGGCCCAGCGGCAGCGCAGCCCCUUCUGGGAGCGGCUAUGGGAAGCUGUGGACGAAUGGAGUCGGCCACCAUUCGCACCCCAAAGCGCCCCUGGAGAGCAGCGGUGGCAAGCUCAUGCCUUGCACAGGUGACUAUAUGAAUAUGUCGCCUGUGGGGGACUCCACCACCAGCAGCCCCUCCGACUGCUACUACGGCUCAGAGGACCCACAGCCCAAGCCGGUCCUCUCCUACUAUUCAUUGCCGAGGUCCUUUAAGCACAGCCAGCGCCCUGGGGAGCCCGAGGAAAGCACCCGGCACCAGCACCUCCGCCUCUCUUCCAGCUCCGGCCGACUCCUCUAUGCGGCCACAGCGGAAGACUCUUCCUCCUCCACCAGCAGCGACAGCCUGGGCGGAGGGUACUGCGGGCCCAGACCCGAGCCUGGCCACCCGCACCACCACCCACAGGCCCUGCAACCCCACCUGCCUCGCAAGGUGGAUAUGGCCGCCCAGACCCACAGCCGCCUGGCCCGGCCCACGAGGCUGUCCCUGGGAGACCCCAAGGCCAGCACCUUACCUCGGGCACGUGAGCAGCCGCAGCCGCUGCACGCAACGGAGCCCAAGAGCCCCGGGGAGUAUGUGAACAUUGAGUUCGGGAGGGACCAGCCUGGCUACUUGACUGGCCCGGUGGCUGCACGCAACUCACCUGCGGUCAGUUGCCCGGCCCCGCUGCAGCCGGUGCCCCGAGAGGACGGGGCUGGCACGGAGGAGUACAUGAACAUGGACCUGGGACCUGGCCGGAGGGGGCCCUGGCAGGAGAGCCCAGGGCUAGAGGUGGGCAGAGCGGGCCCUGCGCCCCCCGGGGCGCUGAGCGUGUGCCGGCCCACGCGGGCUGUGCCCAGCAGCCGGGGUGACUAUAUGACCAUGCAGAUGGGCUGCGCCCGGCCGAGCUACGUGGACACCUCGCCAGUGGCCUCGGUCAGCUACGCUGACAUGCGGACAGGCAUCACUGCAGAGGACGCGAGCCUGCCCACGGCCCCCGCGGCCGCACCCUCCUCAUCCUCAGCCACCUCGGCCUCGCCCGCUGCACUUCAGGGAGGAGCCGAGCUGCCUGUCCGCCCUUCCCUGCUGGGGGGCCCGCAGGGCGCAGGGGCCCUGAGCGCCUUCACCCGGGUCAACCUCAGCCCCAACCGCAACCAGAAUGCCAAAGUGAUCCGGGCGGACCCGCAGGGGUGCAGGCGGAGGCACAGCUCCGAGACCUUCUCGACGCCCAGUGCCACCCGGGUGGGCAACCCGGCGCCCUUGGCAGGGGUUGCUGCGGCCGCGGGGGACGGCGGAGCCAACAGCAAUGAGGAUGUGAAGCGCCACAGUUCUGCCUCCUUUGAGAACGUGUGGUUGAGGCCUGGAGAGCUCGGAGGAGCCCCCAAGGAGCCGGCCCAGGGAUGCGGGGCUGUAGGGGGAUUCGAGAAUGGGCUUAACUACAUAGACCUGGAUUUGGUCAAGGACUUUAAACGGCGCCCCCAGGAGCGACCCCCUCCGCCACCCCCGCAGCCGCCACCCCCUCACCAGCCCCUGGGCCACAGCGAGAGCAGCGAGGAUUUAAGCGCCUAUGCCAGCAUCAGUUUCCAGAAGCCGCCAGGCGACCUCCAGUAG